GACCCACGUGUAUUAGAGAAACAAGAACUACAACAGCCAACGUAUGUUGCUCUCAGUUACAUUAAUAGGUUUAUGACUGAUGCAGCUCGACGAGAACAGGAAUCCCUAAAGAAAAAAAUUCAGCCAAAACUCUCCUUGACUUUAUCAAGUUCUGUGUCCCGUGGGAAUGUAUCUACUCCUCCACGCCACAGCAGUGGAAGCCUUACACCUCCAGUCACGCCACCUAUUACCCCUUCCUCUUCAUUUCGUAGCAGUACACCUACAGGUAGCGAAUAUGAUGAGGAAGAAGUAGAUUAUGAAGAUUCAGACAGUGAUGAAUCCUGGACCACAGAAAGUGCCAUCAGCUCUGAAGCUAUCCUAAGUUCCAUGUGUAUGAAUGGAGGGGAUGAAAAACCUUUUGCUUGCCCUGUACCUGGGUGUAAAAAGCGAUAUAAGAAUGUUAAUGGUAUAAAAUACCAUGCCAAGAAUGGCCACAGGACACAGAUCCGUGUGCGGAAGCCAUUCAAAUGUCGUUGUGGAAAGAGUUACAAGACAGCUCAGGGUCUGCGGCACCAUACAAUCAAUUUCCACCCACCAGUGUCUGCUGAGAUUAUCAGGAAGAUGCAGCAAUAACUGGCUGGUCACAAACGUGCCAAGGAAUCCUCACCAGCAGUUGCUGAUUUUGAAGACAGCCACCUCCUCUUGGGGAAGCACUCAGCAAUCCCUUAAAGAAUUUAAAUGCAUGCUUUACCAUUUUUUUCUGUAAUUUUGGAAUGAUGUUAUCUUCGUAGAGUUAUUUUGUACAUUUGCACAUGUAAUCAUCAUGCCCAUGUACAUUACUUUGCUAUCAGGUGCUAAAAGCUACAGAUUCUUCAAAGUAUCCCUCCUACCCCUCCCCACCCCAAAAAAGAGAAUUAGGGGAUAGUGUAUAUUUUAUCUGUUUUUCAGUGUUA